AUGGAGAGUCUUCCGGGAGCGGAGAGCCUGGUCUAUGGUCCAUUUCCGGACCAGACUUCAACUCCGGACUCUGCUUCCGAGCAGUGCCCUUCCACUCUAUCACGCUCAUCAUCUCUCGCUCAGAAAAAAGGAUCACUGCCUCGUACGGCCCGUCAUGCCAAACGCCUUACUCUGAACUUCCCCAUCAACCUGAACGAUCCUGAAACACCCGAUUCCAACAUCACCUCCCCCGGCUCCAUAACCCCAGUCACGCAGUCCGCAACUCGCCCCUCACCCGCUCAACCUCCGGGAACCCCUAUGGCAUUUGAUGUCCCGGAUGAUGGCUACGAUUUCCUGCGGGCCAUCGCCUCGCAGGAACGGAAGGUCAUGGAGCUUCGCGAGGAGCUCACGCGAGCCGAAGCAGACCUAGUGACAAUUAAAAAGCAAUGGGCAAUGUCUGAAAAGUCUAGAAAGAGGGCGGAAAUCAAUCAUGCGGAGCCACUAAUCCCCCUUCGAUCACCUGAUUCCGCAACACCCGAGGCUUCAAUUUCACACUGCCGGGAACAGAGCAUGAGCUCAGUCACAAGUUCCACGGUAUCACAAGAACGGGUGAGCCGAGAUCUAGACCGACGUGCUAGUAUACGUGCUGCCGCCGCACCCGGGACCAAGAUUGGGACUAAUGGUCGGCGAGUAUUUCACGGCGCACAUACACGGACUCUGUCUCUUUUGUCGCCAGUCUCAGGCCCCAACAUUUCUUCCCGUGGAGAAUCAGGUCCCUCGGAAGAACGUGUGGGCCGCACUCCACGGUCUGCAACACUACCAUCGGUCGAUCGCAAGAAUGCAGCUAUGAUGAGUGCACAACUAGACGAAAGCCAGGUACCGGAACAUCUCCUCGCGCAGUGGCAGAAGACUCUGCCUCCCCCUUCGCGGGAGGCCUUGGUACGCACAGGCAAACAAAUGGCAUCCGAUCUGCGCGAGGGUCUGUGGACAUUUUUGGAAGAUAUCCGACAAGCUACGGUGGGCGAGGAAGGAAUCAACGGCACACAAACACGAAGCUCACCAUCCAACUCAUUGGCACCACCAAACAGUCGCAAGCGGGAGUCAUUGGCGGGAUCCCGGAGUCGAGAACGAUUGCUAGCGGAUGGCAAGCUAUCGCGAUCAUCGUCAUCGUCUUCGCGGGGAAGGGGGCCAGCGGCCGAGACAAAAACUGGUAAAGACACCAAGCCGGCGGAAAUUUCCACGUCUUUCUGGAACGAAUUCGGCAUUGAUACACCCGCUCAGAAGUCUCCGAACGUUCCGCGCACCCCCUCCGACAGCAAACCCGCCAACCGAAACGAGGCGAACGAAGCCGAACAGCGCGUCCACCUCUCCAGUAAUUCACUCGACGCGCAGGAUGAAGAUUUCGACAGCUGGGAUAGCUGGGACACGCCCCUAUCCGCGCAGAAGACGCACACGCCCUCGUCGAGCCGAUCAACAGUUGCAUCCAAACGUGAUCAAUCGCCCGUCACACAGGGUAGCAGCCCUCGAACCAGCGCUAGCUUUGGCGAUUUGAACCCAGCUUCCUCUGCACUAGAUUCUGGUGUCUCCGAAGGCAUUCCCUGGCCUGCAAUUACCAAGCUGGCCCCCUCGAAGCUUCAACGAACUGCAUCCAAUUUGAUGGCAGAAUGGGAGCGCUCUCUUUCACCCUCUCCAGAGCGAACUGCCUCUCCUUCGCUCACCCGCAAGGACAGCAAGAGGGACUAG